AAAAAACAGUAAAUGGAACAUGGCGGAGGCAGAGCGGCAAAGGAUCUUUUCCGAGCGGGCAAGAAAUGGUCUUUCGUACAAAUCAAGCCCAUUAUUAGGCUCAGCUAGAAAGUAUCAAGCUUCGGAGAAAAGUUCAUUGUCAGAGAGCUUUGAAGGACCAAAAUGUUACGGUUCAACGCGAAACCCACUUCAACCGCAGUGCGAUGUAAAAUGGAUAGGACAUGUGUUAGAGGAAACAGACACGUUACAAGGGGUGGCUAUAAAAUACGGCGUGACGGUAAGAAAAGGCGUUGGAAAAAUAUAUAUCUUAUGUGCUUUUCAUUUUAUUGUAAAACUGUUUUAAGGGUAAAUAGCCUCUUCAUUACACGGAAUACGCAAUUAAUGUUGUGUUAUGCUAGUAUUCGACUGUGCUAUUGUAUUCGGAUUGUGUAAGAUUUCCAGAAUUCUCGAAUUUCAUCCUCGUUACAUAACCUUGAUUUUGUAUCAAUUUAACUGAGAAUGCUGUUUAUAUAUGCACACGAAGAUAACAGUUUCAUGAACGGGAAAACGAUUUUUCCGUUUUCGGUUUAGGUUUAAUACAUGCAUGUGGACGCCGAUGUACACCUAUAAUUGCUUUGGGAAUCGUGCUUUGGUCUUUGAAAGUCAUUGUUUGGUGGUCACUCAAGCAAAGCAUUGCAUUGUAUUCUGCGUUUCAAUGGCCAAAUCACAAAGCAACCUUUAUUGAAAUAGGUGUGUACAGCGGGCGAGCAUAGCUGUAAACAUCCUCCAUGACAUCAUAAAUAAUGAUCUGUCUUGUGACACUGUAAGACAAACAAUCUGAUUCAUGUGCUGCUAAAAUACAGAGACUUUGUUGUCUAAUGGAUAGAUGGUUUUCACUAUCAUGCAGUAAAAUAUGCAAAACCAUGCUAUGAAUAUAGAAACCCAUCUGCCCCCUGGCAUUUGCCAAAAACACCAUUUGAAUUAGCUUGCGAAUACAGCAGUCUGCCACAAGGGAUAUUUCACAGGAGAGACAUCUGCACCUCAACAACAAAAAUUCCACACUGAUGUAGCAAAGAGCAAGGAGAGGCGGUUGUAUUCACAGGCUACAAAUAAUUUGAAUCUAGUUGAGCCAUUUUCUGUCAAGAGUCCCAAAGAGGUUUUUUGGGAUCUGGAUUUGCCUUAUUUGAAUGCCAGGAUUCAUGAUUUAAAAGCAAAAUGGGGUCCAGAUUUGGAAUUGACAGUAUGCACAUGAUGAGGAAAUAUGCCAGAAAGAAACAUCAGGAUUACAGGUUUGAGUGCAAAUUUGGGUGCGAGAAUAGGAUUUUAUCCCGGACAAAAAGUGGGAAGAGUCUUUUAUGAAGACCCUGAGGAUUGUGAAUUUUUUUUGAAGCAACGUUUUUUGGAAGAUUUUCAUGAGAAUUUCCUGGCCAAAUUACUGUACGCUGUACUUGAUUUUGGCUCUUUUCUCUGGCUUAUUUGAAUAAUCACAAAGUUGUUUCUGACCAUGAAAGAGGUCAUUAAUGACAUUACUAGUGGCAAGGGGGAGGGGACGUAAUUCUCUUCAGGUCAUUGAGGUAUGCUGGAGUGUCUCUGUUACAGGUCAAAAUUAUAUUUAGGUUAAAAAUUUUUUAACCUAGGUUGAUUCUCAAUUUCCUUUGUCUCCUGUCCCUUAUUUAUAAAUAAUCAGGGCUAGGAGACAAAGGAAAUAGAGGAUCAAACUGAGUUAAAACAUUCUAACCUGAAUAUAAUUGUGACCUGUAACAUCUUCUCCGAGUCCUGUCUCUAAGUCUACCUGGCUGAAAAGUAGUCAGCACAUCUGGAAUUUACCUUACUUUUCAAAAUAACUCAGUAUCUCUAGUGAACUUAUAAGCAUUUACUUUAAGCACUUCUCCUGAUGCUUUUUCUGCUAAGAUGGCAAAGAAACCCACAAGAGAAAGUUUUUUUUUAAUGACAAACAGGCUUUUUCCUUUAAAUGUACUGUUUGAAGAAUAUACUGCCUUAUAAGAAGGUAAAAAUCUAGGACCUUUUAUAGUGGAUAAGGAAAAAAAUGUGAUGGCUUUUAUGUGUUUUGUUUCAAAAUCCAAUAAUCCACAGUGCAAAUGAUCUAUUAGGUGUUCUAGGGCAAGCUCUUAAAGAAUGAUGUCUAAAUUUGCUGUGCAGUCAAUUGUUGUAGUGAUAUUUAUUAAUGCAGCAAGACUUCUAUAGGAAAAAUUGUUCUUAGUCUUGUAGGUGCUGUUAAUUAAACUGGUGAUUUCUGGAACCCAGCCAAGGAGCAUUAAGUUACAUUAUUAUGCCCUGGUUGAGGAAUCAACAAUGUUGUAACGUUGCCUCUCCCAUGAAUAGUCAAGAAAAUAGAAACAUUGGCUUAACAUUUUUGUCAAAUCAUUUAGUUGAUGGCUUAGACUAACCUAAAGCCAACCUUACAUGUAAAAAGAUCCUCUUGUCAUUCUUUAUGGUGCUGGUUUAUUCUGGCAUCAAAAAACAUGACUUGAACAUAACAUGGCGGUGGGCUCAUUAGGAGAAGAAAAAUUGGCAAAAAUUACUAAUAUAUUGGAGUUAAAUGCCAAGUUAAUUGAAAGAUAGUUUCUCUUUGACUCAAGUUUCAUUUACCAACUGAUAUUAUUUUCCUUUGUGAUCCCAUUUUCUGGGUUGAUCAUUAUGCUAUUGUUGCGUUUGUGCAUCAUGAGAUAAAUGAAUUAUUCAAAGUGAAAAAAAAGAUGGCAAAUGCAAAUUAUAAUCUUAAUAUAAUGUGUAUGUGCAUGUGCAUAGUAUACAUGGGAGGCAUCAACAAAAAUUGGGAGAGAUUUUGUAUACCUGUUAAAUGGUAUACGAAAUGUCUUCUAGGGAAAUACUUCGAUGUGUAUAAACAGCUUUUAACAAUUGCAUAAAUGUAGAAAAAACUCUUCCUAAUUUUUCUUUCAUGAAUGUUAAUUUUUGUUAGGUUGAACAGCUGAGGAGAGCAAAUAAAAUUUGGACAAAUGACAACAUACAUCUCUUAAAAAUCCUGAAGGUUCCAGUGAGGAAAAAUUCCCCACACUAUGUAGAUGAACUAGAAGUUUCGGAUGAUGAAUCCAGCCCAGAUAACAGCAGCACAAAUGAAAACAAAAUCACAAAUAACUCUAAUUUAGUUAAAGGAGGGCAGCCUGGUGUGUUGCUCAAUGGCUUUGGAGAAAAAUCCAAAGAUUUGGAAGGCAGCUCAGAAGAGAUACAGCAGACAAAAGAGACCCCUCUUAGUUUUCUCCAACAGCUUGAUGCACGAAUAAAAAGCUCCAAAAAAGAAUCUGAAAAACUAAGGUGAGUUCUGUGUGGCAAAUUUCAAGCUGGUUUUUACUUUCAACCUUUUAAAUUUUUAUUUGAAACCAUUCAAUAGAUGAAGUCAAGAAUCUGAAAGAUAGUAGAAGCAAGGCAACAUUGAUUGGCUGGGGGUGGGGGGGUACAGUCGAACCUGUAUUAAGCAGCACCAUAUUAAGCGGUCAACCUCUAUUAAGCGGUCAGUUUUCAAAGUCCUGAAAAAUACUUUGGUUGAUGUAAUGUAAUUUUGACCUCUAUUAAGCACUCACCUCUAUUAAGCGGUCACAUUCACCAUUUGCAAAGUCCCAGUGGGCCUUUUUCUAUUGUCUUGACCUAUAUUAAACGGUCGCAUGACGUCAGUUACUUGUUCAUACUGUUUCAAUUCCUUGUUUAUUUUUGCAAAGUAUUAAAAUGUUGGAAAUGAAUGUUUCUUUUUGAGGUCAUAUGUCUGAUCUGAUCAGCACUGGAGAUCAAAUUCUUUAAACUGUAUUUCUUGCAACCUGUAUUAGGCAGUCACCCUGUAUUAAGCAGUCAAUUAGCCAUUCCCUGAGGGUGACCACUUAAUACAGGUUCGACUGUAGUUUUUUUAUGGUACCCUAAAUGUAGAAACAGACUCUUGCAUUAGCUCAACUAAUUGGAGUUAUUAAAGACAUUGUGAAAGCAAAAAUUCCAACUCUACUUUUCAUUUAAAAAAACGUUUCUGAUGAAAGUUUCCCAAGGUGGUCUGUCCUGAAAAGCUAUUAGCUAUUAAAUGCAUAGUUAGUAUAACAGACUAUCAGGUUAAUGUUACUGUACAAGUAAGUAAGCUUUUGGCUGAUCUGGUGGUUGGAAAAUGCAGUACAACUCAACUCAUGGCUUUGAUUUCAGAGAAGGAAUUUCAUCUACAUCCUGACCUUUCUAUUUCAAGGUGUUACUGUCUUAUAAACUUACAGCAUAGUUGGUCGAGGAGACUGGUUAAUGAAAGCCAGUAAACAUCAAAGUUGAAAACAAUGGUGUUGUAGGUUAUAUUGGAAGCUCCCUGACCAUGCGCAAUCCUUUGUUUUUUGUUCACAAAUUGUGACGGAAUAAAUUAAUGCGAUGUUUCUGUUGGUCAGUAAGUUCAAAAUGAUAGGAAUGCUAUUGAACAUUGAGCACGCGUUAUCAAAAACAGGAUCAAUUUAGGUUUCAGGGAAACUGCCCACCUACCCCUCCUCUGAGCCAACAUUAUCACUUACUUCUCACUUAGGGCAAAAUGUUGGCUCAGGGGAGGGGUAGGUGGGUAGUUUCCCAGAAAUCUAAAGUGAUCUUAAAAACAUAUAACAAAGAAGUGUGUCGGGCUUUAUAACCAUCCCACUUUAUUAUCUAUGCGUACAGUACGAAACCAGUUAGAACUCUUUAUUCCCCAGUUUGAAGUUUUUGCUGUUCUUGCAGAACUGUCUCUGGUCCUAAAGUCAUAGCAGAAGUGGAAAAGUUAAAUGAGAGCCAUGUCACAGAUGAUGAUUUGUUCCGACCACUUGAAAGUAUAUCAUCACGCAAACACAGAGGAAAGAUACUUGCAUCAAAGAGACAUUUUAAAACGGAUAGAACUUCUCUUCAGGAAUCUGAUGAACAGUUCUUUGAGCUCUGAUUCAGUUUAAAACAUUUUUAGCAAUCAGAUUCUGCGGUUAUUCUUGUGGAAGUCCUUUUACUGCAGUGACAGAGAUGACAAUACAUGCAUAAUAUAAUUCAUUAUUAUUAUAUAAACACCAAUAAAAUACCAGGUGAGCUUUCACGUGAAAACUUGGUAUCUUCACAUGUGAAAAUAUCAUCAUUGCUGUAGCUACAUAAUAAAUCCCCCCUUUCACACCAAAAAACUAUUAAAGUGAAUUGGUUUGGUAGUUCAUUGGUGUUUAUAUAAUAAAUAGAAUAUUACAUGGCCUCUUGGAGAUACGAAAUAUCUCUUCGAGUGUUGAAAAGAUAUUUUACUCGUUCACGGCGCUCACUCGUGAAAUAUUUUUCAACACUCAAAGAGAAAUUUCGUAUCUCCACGCGGCCAUGUAAUAUCCUCUAUUUAUCUCAUGAUUUGGAAGGAAUCAUUUGAGUUACCAAUAGCCCUGAAUGAACACCUGCUAAAAUGUCAGGAGUGAAUUUGAUGUCUAUACAUUGAAGAAUUGAGUGUUCUUUGGGUUGACAGAAGUGACGUGUAAAUGCAAGUUUUAGAUUAAUUUUUAGAAAACAUGAAUUAUUGAAUGUCCCCAAUCAGAGUUCCUUUUUCCCAGGACUGAGUGGGACUCAGAAUAUUUUUUAUAUGGCCAAAAAAUGAAAUCCAAACUUUUGACAGUGACCACUAAGCAGGGGCAGAUUCAGGAAUUUUGGGAUUGUAAGUGGAAGCCCACUUGUUUGUACUCUUCAUAAUUUUCAUCCUUUCUUGCAGCUAAGUGCUUCCCAUUAUUCUGUACCAGACAACUUCAAUUAUCUAGACCCUUAUAAUUGUGAUACUUGUAGUAAUGUUGAAAUUCUAUCCGUAAAUGAAUGCAGCUUUGAAACAUUCUUUCUUUGUAAUUAUUGAUGACUUUUUGCACGUGUCAUCAGCCGGAGCAAGCCUUUGGAUCCUUGUAAAAAGGUAUAACCAAAGCCUUAGGCCCUGUCCACAGUAAUGCAUUUUCGCUGUCAUCGAAAACGCAUCGAUCGAAUCGUGUCCACACUUCCGUUUUGAUGCGUUUCGAUUGUCCACACUAAAAUGUUAGAAAACGAUAGAAUUGCACGUUGUGACGUAAGUUGAACUCUAUGCGCAUGCUCCAAUUUUUCACACGCACCUGCGAUAUUUUCGGUCAUCGUUUUUAUUUUGAUGCGUUUUCGACCGUCCACAAUAAUAGAAUGUGUAUGCGUUUUCGUUUUGAUCCACCCUCAAGAGCGUUUUCAAAUCGAUGCGUUUUCGAUGAAAACGCUGAGCGUAUUGGUGUGGAUGGAAGGCCUAAACGCAUCGAAAUGUGUGCGUUUUCAAACUUCAAUUUGUGAUUGAAUGGGCAAUUAGGUGAAAGAUGAGACAAUGAGUUAAUCACUCCCUUCUCCUAGAUCAGCUAUACAACAUAAAAACUGAGAACACACCCCUCUCUUGUUAUGAACAUUAUGUAAAGUUCUGUAAUAUAAUAGGAUUAUUGAA